UGAAAUCGUCUCGCUCGCUCUCUCGCUUCCAUGUUUGUUCGUGGUCAUUUCGCAUUUCUGUGCUAGAUUUUCCAGUUUAACAAUUCAAGUUAAUGAUUUUAUUUGUAUAAGUGUGUAAUUAAUGAGAUUUUCGGCAUCACGGCGACCUUGUGAGGAUUUGUCGCCCACCAAUAAGUGCAUAUCGUCUAUAUAAUAACAGGGAGGGCGAUGGCGACAAACAGAAGCGGAGCGUCACAGAGGCCGAACGGUGCGCCUCAGACGAAGGUGUGCCAAUUCAAGCUGGUACUGCUGGGCGAGUCGGCGGUGGGCAAGUCCUCGCUCGUUCUGCGCUUCGUCAAGGGCCAGUUUCACGAGUAUCAGGAGAGCACGAUCGGAGCAGCGUUCCUCACACAGACCGUAUGCCUCGAUGACACCACUGUUAAAUUCGAGAUCUGGGAUACGGCGGGACAGGAGAGGUACCACAGUUUAGCGCCAAUGUACUACCGCGGCGCUCAAGCGGCCAUAGUUGUUUACGAUAUCACUAACCAGGACACAUUCGGUCGCGCCAAGAACUGGGUGAAGGAGCUGCAGCGGCAGGCGUCGCCGUCCAUCGUGAUCGCGCUGGCGGGCAACAAGAGCGACCUGGCCGCCAAGCGUAUGGUGGAGUUUGAUGAGGCGCAGGCCUACGCUGACGAGAACGGUCUCCUCUUCAUGGAGACUAGCGCCAAGACCGCCAUGAACGUCAACGACAUAUUCCUAGCUAUCGCGAACAAGUUACCAAAGAGCGAGGGUGCGGGCGGCGGCAGCGCUGCGGGCGCGCGCCGGCUGGCGGACGGCGAGCAGCCGCGCUCCUCCACCUGCUGCAAGUGAUACCGCGCCGACACGGUACUGCAUCUACACCUACACCACCUACACCUACACCUCCACCUACAGAUUCACACAACUUACAAACUGAGCCUUUGGUCAUGAGCGCGCUGCGCAGUACCCCUCCCCCCUCAUCAGGCUACAACUACGCCAAGAUAUCUGACAACAGUUAUAAGUACUUGUUUAUAAAUGAUAAUUGUUGUGUUGUUUGCAGUUGAAAUGUAAGGAGGGUUCUGGGGGGCGCGGCGUGUGGUGACUCCGCCCCCCGCCCCCGCCCCCGCCCCGCGCGCCUCUAGCUCACUAAGG